AUGACUGAGGCGGUCCCUAGAAAGGGCUCCCUAAGCUUCUUCAACCCUUUCAAGUCAAGGUCGGGUAGCCAGUCGAGCUCAAGAGAGCCUUCCGUUUCCAACCUGAGCUUUGACCAGGUCAAACUCGACUCCAAGUCCCCUAUCUUCACCGCGCGUCUCAGAAAGACCUCGAGUCCUGCCAGUUCUGUCAGGAGCUCCAGGGCAGCUUCCAAGAAGAACAGUUUCGAUCAGUCCCGAGCGUUCCGACAAGCCUCGUUCCCUGCCAUUAACGUUGCAGAUGAGUGGGAAAGAGACGCGCAGACCGGUGAACGGAAAGAUCAUACGGAACUGCUGCACAGCCUGGCACAUCGUGAAUCAGAGGAAUCUCUCGCUGAAAAGGUCCAACUCUUGUUUGUUGGAAUCCCACCCCAACCCGCAACUAGUUUCCUGGCCAGACUGCCGGACAGCGUCUGGAAGAGAGUAGUAGAACUCCUGAAUCCGGCGGAUAGAGCAAGUCUCGCUCUUUCUUGCAAGCCCUUCCGAGACCUACUUGGAGCGGAAGUGUGGACAGUCCUGAAUGUACCAGAGAAUCGUGACGCAAAAGCCGAGUUUCUCGCACACAUGGAUCAGCUAUUACCAGAUCACUUACUGUGCUUCCCGUGUGGGAUAUAUCAUAUCCGGACCCAAAAAGGACAGGAGGUUUUACGUCCUACCAACAUUUCCAAUCCUAUUUUCAAUUGUCCCAACGCCUUCAAUGCUGAGAACAAAGUGUCGCGACAGAGGAUCACAGUUGGUCGCUCAUUGCCCUUCCCAUUUGUCCAGCUCCUCUUACGGGCGCACAAAUACUCCAAGGAACAUGGUAUUCACAUCGAUUCCAUGUCGCGUCGAUAUAAAGACCGAGACGGAGAGUGGUCUCAUCAGACUCGCUAUGCUAUUGUCAAUGGCCACCUGCUUGUUCGAGUGAUCAGCUCAGCAUUUGCGACCCCGGCUCUUCCCCCGGCUGGCCUUCGGAGGCUUCUCUAUUCCCAUGGCGACAAUUACAACCCGUUUUUCUCCGUCUGUGCGCAUUGGCGAGACGGCAAUCUCAUGCCUUCUGUCAAGUGUGCUCUGAGUCACAUCCCCAAACCGCCCGAUGGGAGUGGCAUAGCAGGGGCGGCAGCAAAGGUGCAAUAUCAUAUGCACAGGCCUAGUCCUCUCAUUACCUUGUGUUCCGACUGCCGUCCCAUGCGGCGGUGUCCAGAAUGCCCGACGGAAUACCUCAUAGAAAUGAGGAUGCAGGAGGAUAAAAGCGAUCCGAUGAAACUAUUCAAGCAUGCCAUUGUGAUAACUCGGUGGAGCGACCUCGGAGAUGGAUCUUCACCCAAGAGUCUGGAAUGGGCGGCCUGCAAUGGAGAGGUAGAAUUCGAUUCAUUUGCCGCGCUCGGAAAGCGUGCGAUCUCCGGAGUAUUUGAAUCACAGUUCACAGUGGACCAAAUACCCGGUCAGAAGAUCGUCUCGAUGAACCCAAACAAAGAAAAGCGCGGCGAGGCCGGGCAUAAUUGGUAUUGA